UGUAUAUACAAAAAUCGACUUCUUUUGAGCUGAGUGCAUUAACCGGCCAUGGCAAAAAUAAGCCAUAGUGGUUGGACAGGGAAGGAAGUAAGCACCAUAGUUCUUGCUCCAAAACUUUGCUUUAACCGUCGUAAAAAUAGAAGAUUACUGAAAAAGAAACCUCCGUGCCGUAAGGCAGCCAUUGAAACUAAAACUAAGAAUCUCCGGUCAUCCUUGAUACCGUGUCUAACAUUUUUAUACGGACUCUACUCCAUUUCCAUUGCCGUGCAAACCGCUGCUCGGCCAUCUCUGACUCACUGGUAUCUCCGUAAAACUUCGUUGUCAAAAUCUGUGAUCUCGGCUAUUGAGACGGAGAGAUUGAGAAUGAGGAUGAAAGGGAGUUUGACUAAUAUCUUCAGACGAAGAUACCGUGCAGCUCUUCAAGAUUUAGAAAGAUCAACAGAAGUUUUAAAGUCCGAAGACAAACACCAGCAAACUAAGAUUCCUCAUUAUCUGAACAUAAAAGAACUUGGUUUACUGGGAAAUUCAGUUUACAAAGGACCUUUUUACAGAAGCAUCACAACUCUCACGGCAUCACUACAAAAUUACCAGACCAUCUCACCUAAUAAUAGUUCGCUUUCGCGUGGCACCUUUGAUAAACCAUGGUCCGCUUCCCAACACCGUGGAGUUAAAGUUUUAGGCACUGAUGUCAGAAGCGGGAAUGUCAUCCAAAGGAAAGGACGUAUUUAUCAGGUUCUUAAAGCACAACACACACAGCAGGGAAGAGGAGGAGCAAUAAUACAGGUGGAGUUACGUGAUGUUGACAGUGGAAACAAAGUGACCGAAAGAUUUCACACCGAUGAGGCAAUGGAAAGAGUUUUUGUCGAAGAGAAAUCUUUCACCUAUUUGUACACCAUAGGCGAGUCAGUAACACUAAUGGAGCCCGAAACAUAUGAACAAAUGGAGGUAACAAAGGACUUGUUUGGCAAGGCUUCUGCAUACCUAAAAGAGGAUAUGAAAGUCAGCUUGCAAUUAUAUGAUGGUAAAGUGAUGUCUGCUACUAUUCCACCACGGGUGACAUGUACUGUUGCUGAAGCAAAAGGCAAUAUGAAGGGGCUGACUGCCACACCUCAGUAUAGAAGAGUUUUGCUGGAAAAUGGUCUUACAGUGCAAGCACCUCCAUUCAUUGAAGUUGGUGAUCAGAUAAUUGUCAAUACAGUCGAUGACUCAUAUGUCACUAGGGCGAAGGAGUGAAGUUUUGAAGGUGAUGGUCUUGGAGCUGUUGCUGCUUCUAUUGCUACCCCAAAUAAAAGGGCCACUACUGAAAAUAAUUUAAACAAUUUUGGAAAGUGAUAUAAACUUGUUUUUAUGUCAAAUUAAUUAAUAAUUUUUUUACCAAGGUGGCAUUUUAAUCCAUAUGGCCAAGUCUCAUGGACAUGGUUUCUAAAA